CUCAGGCAUGUGACUCUCACCUCUUGGACUCCCAGAAGUUAUUAAAAGUUACAGUGCAUACCUGAGGUGACACUGUGUAUAGAGAAAGCACUGGACCCUGUGACCACACCUGUCAGGAACCAAAACGUUAAAAUGGAGCGGUCCUUCAUGCUGUGUGGUGAAGGGCAGGAACCCAGCCAAGGCCACGAUGAGGAUGCUGAGCUGAUCUUUGUAGGGGUUGAGCAUGUAAAAGAAGAUUCUGAACUGAUAUUCGUUGGCGUGAGUUCAAAUUCAAAACCUACUAACUCAAACAUUUUGAACAGAGUCACUCCAGGUUCACGGUUGAAAAGGAAGCGAAAUCGCCUUAGAACAACUGCUACUCAAAGACCACAGCCCUCGGUUCCCGCAGCCCCCAGCUCGGACACAGUGAUUGUCUUGCCGGCAUCUCCAGCUGAGUCAAGGUCAACAGAUAGUCCUAUUAUUAUUGAGCCUUUGUCCGAACCCGACUAUAGAAGUAAUUCACCACAAAUUGUGCCUGAUAGCUCUCCUGAGAGCUCCCCUUUGGUUACGUUCUCAAGUUCGAAGCACAGUCCCACAAGGGCAGCACUUUCAGUAAGAGAUAUGAAUGAGAGUUCUUACGUAUCGAAGUGCCAUUCUACUUCUGGAGUGAAUGUCGUAAAUCCACAGAGGCCUGAGCUUAUUGAAAUUAUAGAUGACCAUUCUUCAGCAUCGUCCCCUUCAGGCACUUUCCUUACCUCGAAUCCUCAGCCGAGUACACCUGCCAGUCAUGUUCCCAUGCCCUUAAACCAUGUUGUGAACGGAGAGCACUCUGUCCAUGCCAGUCCUACAAAUGUAUGCCCUCAACAGGAAAAUGGAUUGGCACAAGUGGGCUUUUCAAGUCUAGCAAGUCAAGAGACCUUUGAUCCCAAGAAAGGAAGUUUGACUUUGCUACUUAGCGACUUUUAUUAUGGACAGCAUAAAGGAGACGGGCAGCCAGAACAGAAGACUCACACGACCUUCAAAUGCCCCUACUGUUUGAAAGCUCUAAAAAAUGUCAAAUUUAUGAACCACACCAAACACCAUGUGGAACUUGAGAGGCAAGGGAACGACGGCUGGGAGAAUCACACCACUUGCCAGCAUUGCCACCGGCAGUUUACCUCACCCUUCCACCUGGAGUGUCAUGUUGACCGCGUACACACCGCCCCCAACCCGGCUACGGUCUGCAAAAUCUGUGACUUGUCAUUUGAAACAGAUCAAGUUCUUUUACAGCACAUGAAGGAUAAUCACAAGCCUGGGGAACUGCCCUAUGUGUGCCAGGUCUGUAAGUACAGGUCAUCCAUCUUUGCUGACAUGGAAACACAUUUUAGAAAGUGCCAUGUAAACACUAAGAACCUACUCUGUCCGUUUUGUCUUAAAAUUUUCAAAACUGGAACUCCAUACAUGUGUCAUUAUAGGAGCCACUGGGAAAGGAAUGGUCACCAGUGUUCUAAAUGUCGGCUACAGUUCUUAACCUUCAAGGAAAAAAUGGAGCAUAAAACCCGGUGCCACCAAAUGUUUAAGAAACCUAAACAGCUGGAAGGGUUGCCUCCUGAUACGAAGGUUGUUAUUCAGGUAUCAGCGGAGCCUGUUGAGUCGGAAUCUGUGAAGGUAGCAUCAAUCACUGUGAGCACAACUGACUGGGAACCAUCUUCCCCCAAAUCUCAAGGCAGACCUUCAAAAAGGUCCCACUAAUUCUAACCUAAGUGAGCACCCCAAAUUCUUAUCUUCAAUAGAGAUAAGAGGACAAACUAUACACUUGCUAUUCAUUAGGAACCAAGAUGAUGAACUUACUUGUAGGUGGACUGGUUUGUUUUUUUUUUUUUUUAAUUUUGUGAUAAUGCAGGGUUUUUGUUUGUUUUUAUUUUGUGAGGGUUUGUUUAGUUCUGUGUUAGUGAUGGGGGCUGGAUCCAAGGCCUCACAAGUAAUAAGCAAGUUCUCUACCACCCCAUUCUCUGACCUACAGUAUUUUCUGAAUGAAUAGUGAGUGUUAUUUAAAAUAUAUCUGUUUUCAUACUGUUUGGAUCAACACAAGCAAGGUCUUUGGGCCUGUAUCCUUGUGAAUGGAAAACAGAGGUGAAACCUAUUUAUUAGUAUUUCAUGUGACACCUAGGCUUGAGAGAUCUUCUACAUGAAAGUCUGGGAUUUGGUGGGGCUCACAAGGCCCUGCUUCUCCGUGAAGAUCUAUUGGUAGUUAACAUUUGCUACAGGAUGGAGAGAGCUGUCUUUUUUAAAUAGUUUAGUGCGGAUAAGUAGACAGGCACACAUUCAUUCCAGUCUUGGAGCCAAAGAAUGAAUACUGCCUGAUGUCUUUACCCAAAAGAAGAUCCAAGUAGGCCAAGCCCUUCUUGUAAAAUUCCCUAGUUUUGUGAAAGGCCCCUACAGACAAGAAAAGCACAGCUGUGUAUCCUUAGUGCCAUGUGAGGCAGCAACAGUAAUUAGUAGACUGGGAACCGGUGUCCAUGAACUCCCUAUCCCCUAAUAUUUAGGGAGUUUGGAUUCAUGCACUCCUCCCCGGUUUUGGCUCACUGUGUUUGAAGAAUGAACUGGCCAUACUCUAAUGGGUCACAGCAGUAAAGUGUGCUGUCUUUUCCUGGGGAAGAACCCUUGGCAUUUGUAGCUUGAAGUGUAUUGAACCUUAGUUGUUCAUUGAAAAGGGUCAGAAAAAAUGGCAUCUGUCCAGUUUAUGGCCUGGGCUGAAUUCAGUUUCUACUUUUAAGCUGUAAUAGGGACUUGCCCAAUGGUAUUAGACAUAGCACAAACAAACAAACAAACAACAACAAAAAAAAAAAAAAAAAAGAAAAAAGGAAAAAAAAUAACCCAGGGUGACUAGAAUUUACACCCACCAUGGAACUUUUUCACUACAUUUUUCAUAGUGUGUGUAAGUUACAGUUAUUGAAUAUGUGAAGCUUGAAGUUUGGUGAUGUGGUGCUUUUUUUUUUUUUUUUUUAAACUUAUCCCCAGUUGGUGCUAGGGAUUAAACCCAGGGCCUUACAUGUGUCAGGCAAGGGCUCUGCACUGAACUAGAUCCCUAGUCACAAUUUGUGUCUUGCCUCAUAUUCGAGUAAUUAUAAUGAAUAGCUUUCCCUUUGUUGUAUGUAUAAUCUCCCAGUUGAUGACACUAAUAUUGCUUGGAUCUUACUUGAAGCACUUUUUGUGCAAGAUAUGUCCUAAAUGAAGAUUUGCUUUCCCCCAUCUAAUAUAGCAUACUACUUAGCUGGUUAGUUACUAGGAGGAACAACUCUUUGUCGAACUGUAGGGCGCCCUCUGAGGAUUGGGCCUCAGCAACUUCAGUAGCAUUAGUAGUUUCCAGAGCUGUCUGUUUGAGCCUGGUCUAGCGCCACCUACUGUUCCUCCAUGUCUAGCCCAGGUGCCCAGCUUCUGCUUUUCAUCAGUCAAGGAGUCUGGAUGCAUGCUGGUUAUAAACACGGGUCUGGAGAAAUCUCCUGUGUUUCCCUUUGUUUAAAGGUACCUUAUCUUGCUGGAUGUGGUAGCACACACUGGUAAUAACUGCUCCUGGGAGCCUGGAGCAGAAGGAUCUGGAGCUCAGGGUCAGCCUGGUCUGUUGAGCAGUUCCUGGACAAACUAACUACACAGCAAGAUCCUGUCCCUUAUAACUGAAGAGAAGAAAGAAGAAAGGGGCAGCAGGGAUGUGUCCCUUAGAUGUCUCUAUUCCACUUUUCCUCCCUUGGUCUAGUGAAGUUUCCUGGGAUGAGGUCAUCACCAGGCUUUGGCAUCUCUGUUAAGACUGAGGGAGCUGAGAAGUGGCCAGUAUCAUUUGUUGUUUUUAUUUGUUCUGUGCUUGAUCCAUUGAUCGAUUGUGAGCUGCAUCUUUACUGUUUUGAUAGGCCUUUGCAAUGAGUUUCGUUGAGCCAAGGCACACUAACUUUUUACCCCUGUACCUUGCCUUUAGACGUGGUAAGUGUUGUUUGUCCUACUGUGUGUGAAUGAAUCUGCAGAUUUGUGUACUGUCUAUGGUAAAAAUAAGAACCACCUUAGGCCUGUGUUUAGCAAGAUCUCAGUGUCACCAGCACCAUUGCUGUAGUUUGCUGUUCCACUAAAGCAUGCUCCUAAGGAGUAGAGAUUGUUGUUUACUGCCAAGGGAGGCCCCAGGGGUCUGGCUCCUGCCUACCUAUGGCUACCAUCUGCUGCCGCUUCCCAGCCCAUCUCCCCACUGCUUCCCAACCUUCCCCGCCACCCCCACUGCACUAUUCUGACCUAUUGUAUCAGCCUUGUUCCUCCUGAUGCCAAGGCUGCACAGGCUGCUCCCUUCCUCACGGUUCUCUCCCCCCCCCCAAGCCUGCAUGGCUGGCUACCUCAGACGUGGUUUAUCAAGCUUGUCAGGGUAUUUUAGAGUGACUAGAAAUUGCCCCAGCUUUUGAAGUCCUAUUCAUCUCUUCUCCCUGAGGGCAGAGUACCUCUCGCUGCGCCUCUCUUCUUCCCUCUGCAAUCUAGCAAAGUUUCCUAGUCACAGAACUUCAGGAAGAAAUAUCAUCAGCAAGAGCUUUGGUUCUGUCUUAGAAGUGAGCUAGCUUAAGUCCAUUUCUGUGCCUAUAACACAUAGUUAACUGAGUCUUCAGAAGCUUUCUGUUUUAUAUUGAUAGCUCUGUAUUUUUAAAGCAAUGUCACUUUGUUUUGUUUACACAUGUACAAAAUACCUGUCAGGAUUACUAUUUUGUUACUCUGUGAAGUCUGUUGCUUCUCUUUCAAAUAAAAGUUAUUAUUUUGUUAAUGUUGCCAAAGUUAUUUAUAAGAAAUAGCUAUUAGAGAAAUAAAGCAUUUUGUGGAAA